CAACUCUUUGUUUCCCACAGAAGCCGGCUCUUUUGUGGAACGUACGACUAAUCGCCUGCUGAACGAUUGACACAAUCUUCGAUUUUACCCACUUCCACCCGGCUUCCUUCUCCGCACUGUUGGCUUCCUGCAGGGUUGUAGCUCCGCAUCAACCCCACCCCACACCGAAGCUGUCCUCUACGGUCCACGCCUUGCUCGACUACAUUACCACUGCCACCUCACCUCACCUAGGAAUCGCGAAAUGAGCUCGUAUCUAGCUUCAUUUACCUCCUCAUCCUCCAUCUCCAAUGCUCUGGGGUCUAGACUCAACAGCCUCCGCCGGGCAAUCACACUAGGCGACGAAAAAGACGACCCGGAGAACGAGGACGGUUCGCACAUAUCCAACGCUCUCCGAGCAUACUACACAGAAAAGGGACGGCCAUUCCCCAGCUGGCUCCCUCCCGACCCUAAGGCUCCGGCCUCCGCUGCACCUCGCCCCAUCGCAACCGCCUCCUCCGCACAAUACGGGCAAGCCCCCGCCGGUGCCUACGGCCGGGGUGGCGGUCUAGGCGACCUUUGGGGUGAUUCGGGUGCUUCUUCAUCAGGAAGUGCACAAACUUCCAGUCUCCGCCGGGGCCGCGGUAGUGCCGCGAGUGGUGCGAGCGGUUCGGCAUUGACACCUGCCCUGAGUGCUCCGCCAGGCCCUGUAAUGUCGCCCCCGCCUCAGCUCUCGCACUCGCAGUCUCACUCUCCUUCGCCGGGCGGUCUGCAUCCUUCGGGUGCUCGCCCGCUGCCUAGCCAGCGUUCUGGAUCUUAUCAGUCGACGCAAUCUGGGCGGUCUAGCCAAGAUAGCAGAUCCGGGGCUAGCUCGGCACAGGAACGGUUGCGGGCAAGGUUGCAUGGUGGACGCUCCCCCAGUCCAGGGAAUAUAGAUCCGAGCGUUCGCAAGCCCGUGGGAGGAAGGCAAUGGUAGGACGGGGAAUAUGGGUCGCAUUGGAUUGAUUGCAUUGCCCGUCAAGCAUGGCGCUCGGAGUUUGAUAACAUUUUUCCGCUUUUUUCAUGUUGUCUGUGCCCUGCGUUCCUUAUAGUUGUACAUACAGUUCAAACUUUGAAAUUCGUUAAUGGAAGGAGGUUCAUCGUCACUCGGCAC